AUGGAAGCCGAAAGUUUCUCAACCCUGACAAUCUUCAUCCUCGUGCUUCUGUCACUAAUUGCUGUCUUCGCAGUUCUUGGCAAUGGAUUCGUUCUUGGUAUCGUUGCCCGGUUUAAGAAGCUUCGUACCUUUCCAAACAUUCUGAUUGCUAAUCUGGCGUUGGCCGACCUUAUAAACGCGCUCGUCAACAUACCUAUCUACGUGCUUUGGGGUGUACUGAAUGUCAAAUGGUUUAGUGGAAAGACUUCAGCGAUUAUUUCGCUGUUUCUGUCCCACUUGUUUAUCCUCGUCAACGUUGUCUGCAUGUUGGUGCUGCUGGUAAAUGUGUUUCUGGCGAUAGCGCUGGACCUGAGAUAUUUCACAUGGAAGACGAAUAAAAAAGCCUUAGCAAUAGACCUAGCUGUGUGGUUGGUCUGUCUUACCAGCACUGGUUUGUUAUCGUGGUCCAUCUCUGAUAUUGAUCUUCAAGAUGCUUCUGUUUUCAAAUAUCGUCGUUCCUUUGUUACGGAAGCCAAAUUUAUUUCCUCAGCCAUUGGCGCAACGUUCGUUGUCACUGCAGUGGUAUUUGGUGUCCUUGCCUUCUGCUCAAUUAAAAGCAAGGUUCGGAAGAUGAGUGGAAGGGUCUUUACCAAGCAAGCUCUAGGCGUAUAUUUAGCCAAACAAACGUCUUUCGAUUUGAAAGUUAUUCUUAGUCAAAACACAUAGUACAAAUCCUUUUUUUUCCUACAAACUAAACUGUUGAGUCAGAGGCACCCAACGACGGUUUCCUUCUAACUACAUAGAAAAUACUUUUUAGGCUAUCCGUAGUACUUUUAGAUCUCUAGUAAUGCCAUUCUAAGUGGCGCUAUAAAAUUUGUAUCUGUUUGGUCAUCCCAGGAGAACUUGAGUCUUUUCGAAAUUACAUGGGCUUCAGUAUUAUUAUUUAGAAAAUUUUAGAUGCAAUUUAACGUAUUACGGAAGUGAGAGAAAAAUUCCUCUUUCCAUCACAUUUUUGAAUCCAAAAAUUUUAGUUUUCCUUUUUAGAACGAAAAAUAGCCUAAUUUGGACAGUGAAAUGUGAAAAAUUAUACCUCAGAAAAUCGUAGUGAAUUUAAGAUAAGCUUCAAAAAUUGUACAUGAAUAGAACGGUCCUCUCGAAAAUUUUUAGCCGUUCUCAAGCAAUAGAAAAUUCUAGGCAAUAUUUGCUUCUCCGAACAGAUAUUUCACAGAAAACAGUCGUUGGGUGGCCCUGUUUAGUGGUCAAACGAAAUUUUGGGUUCAAUUUUCAGCAUUUUUGCUGGAAUUGAGAGCAGCCCUCUUUGAAAGUCAUCGACUAUUUUAAAGCACCCAAUUUAAUAGACUGUUCACAGUCCCCUAUUUUUUCGUAGCGCGUCUUACCGUUAAUGGAGGCCAUCUUGAUUUUCAACUGUACCGGGGGGGGGGGGGCGUCGGGGAUUAUAUCUGUAGGGGGGGGGGCGAGAAAAUUUUUGUCGCUUCCUCCCAAACCGCCCCCGCCCCCUAAGUAAUUUUGACACCCAUGCAAGAUGGACCCCGUAACGCAAAGCGCUCGAUCUCGACGAUCUUACGGAAAAAUGGAGGACUGUGAACAGUCUACCAAUUUGAUAACAAAGCAGAGACAUUUAAGUCUUGUAUUUACCCGUUCUGAUUGCAGCAACAUGCUAAGACCCGCUAACACACUCUAAAAGUGAUUCAAGAUUUUUGUAACGGAUCAGGAACAAUUUUUCUGAUUGGGCUUGAGGGCUAGGACUAUUCAGUAAGGCUUCUUUAUUAGUCUUAGGCUCGAAUUUGAUAAAGCAGUCAAACAAGGCUCUUCCCACGCUUGCAAAGGAUCAGAUGAAUUAACCUAAGAACCCCUUUUACUCUAACCUGACAUUAGGCCCAAUUUUAGCGGUUCUCAUACAGUCUCUCUAACGGCUACCGCUAAAAAUUCUCUUUUCGUUUCGCCUUGCUCGCCAGAAUGUUAUUUACAAGGCGAAACGAAAUUUGAGCCUGAUCUCAGGUUACUUUUGCUCGAGCUUCCGUAAGAGUAAGAGUCUUUAAAAUGCAAGCCAAAAGGGUAGUCAUGAUAACAGGCGUUCUUAGCGGAAAAUGUGACAAACUGGGGAUGAGAAUCGCCGGCACAACAUAAAAUUUUCAAAACGCCAUGUUUUUUGAAGAAAGCUUUAGAAAUAUUAAAGUAAAAGUGUCGAGCUUUUCCGUAACUCGUCGGUUCAUAAAUCAUCAGAUAACGCCAAGAGCCAUAAAGAUCAACGCUUGAAAGCGUUGAUCACUUUGAUGGAAGUAAACAACUCAAUUUGUUUUCAUUUCGAUGAUGUAGCAGCAAACAACAGCAACUCUUCUUUUCAAUAUCCUGUUUCUUUUCCCUAUAGGUAUACUCUAGUGUUUCAAAAACAACUGUUUUGAAUCUCAAAUGAAUCUCAGUUAAAAAUACAAUCGAUCGUGACCAUCAUUGACCCCCAUCAUUAAAAACCUACCAAGGGCAGACUUGCACACAACGCUUUAAAAAGGUUAGAUUCGACGAGCAUCUCUGUAUGUGGAAUAACAGAUAUAUUUGCACUAACUACAAACAAAGAUUCACACAAUAUUGCCAACCAUAAAGAAUUGCAUGGAAGUCGGCUUAACAGUUUUGUUUUCAAUCCACCAACGCAAAGGCAGUCAUUGGCUACUGAGUAACCCGCCCAGCUGGCGGGUUUUCUUCCUUUUAUAUUGCUGGAAAUUAUUUGUGUUGCCUUGAUCGCUUAAGAGCUAAAUAACCGCUCUACCUCUAACGUUCCGUUUUGCUGUUAAAUGGAAGACCCAGCUAAACUUGUCUAAGUAAAUAGCUUUAAAAGUGCCCCAUUAGUUUGGGAAAGGCUUGUCUGGUAUUUCUUGGUAAAAGAUUAUGUCAACGAGAUAUUAUUUGUUUUGAUUAACGAAAAUUACGUAUUUUUGCCAGACCUCUUGAGAAAAUGCAAAGAAUAAGCGGCACAUAUACGCUGGUUAAAUACCGGUCAGUCAAGCUAGCCCGCGUGGCAGACAACACUAAAUCGCCUGUAUAGGACUAUACCAAAAGCCCAUAACCCGGAGUGAACAACUUCCAUGCGCUCAUGUCACGGUGUUUUCAUGGACCAGUUUAUUUUUAGAAAGGUUUUGGCGCGAAUUUGGAAUACACUGAAACUUUUAUUAAGCAGGCACCCUCGGGGAAUGCUGUAGUGUCCGCUUAAUACAGGGUGUCCGCCUAAUACAGGUUUCGAUAGAUAAUGCCAUUAUAAGGAGUCAAAUGCCAUUCAAAUGAACAGUGGAAACGUUUAGAAUACUCCCAGAGACUAUGAUGAUAUACGUUUGCAUUAAUUUCUUUAUUAAAGUGGACCAAUUGAUCAUAGUACCUUAAACACAGAUAUCAACUCAAAUUUGAAGAAAUCAGAUGAGUGAAACAAUCUCUAUACAAACAAAAUGAAAUAGAAAACAAUACUAUACUGUACUGUAUUCAACAAUGUGUGACGCAAAUUAAUGCCGUUCGUCAAGUCACGUUUUUAAUGUAAAAAUCGAAAAAUUUGUUGGUAGGUGUCUGUUGGGGGUGGAAUUUCAGUACAAGUAUCCGUUUAAUACAGGUUAGCAACAAUAGCAAUGAUCAUUUCAGGUACUUUUUAGGUGUCCGCGUCCGCUUAAUAAAAGUUUCAUUUAAAGUAAAUAAGGGAAAUAAAUUUGGGGACUUCGGCUACUGUGCGCUUAAUAGAGGGUGCCGGCUUAAUACAGGUCUCACUCUUUUAAAUUCUACUAACCAGUCAGCAAAACCUACAGACCUAAAAAUGAUUUUGUUUUCCUUUUUGAUAUCUUAUACUUCGAAUGCGCUCAUCAUAAACAUGGGGCAGAUUCUAUUUUCGCGGGAAAAAGUGCUCUAAAAUGUGUCUAAAAAUAAACUGGUCCAUAAAAACGCCGUGACAUACGCUCAGUAUGAGAGUUGCUCGCUCUGGGUUAUGGGCUAUUGACUAUACCAAUGGCCGAAUGCGUGGGUCCGCUGCAACUCAGACUAAGUACAGCGGGAUUUUGUUAAAUUUAAGAACUUAAAAUAAACAAAUAAAAUAUUGUGGUCCAUAUUUCAACAAUCCUUAAAAUGCAUUGCAAUCAUUCAAUGAUAAAUUAUCUCUCUCGUUGUAUUUACAGAGAAAGCAGCUUAAUCUGCCUCGACUCCAGGCAGAGGCCAGACUUCAACUGGAUAUCCAGGCUGCCAAAACUAUUGCCUUUACAGUACUGGCAUUCUUUGUAUGUUAUAUCCCCCCCGUCUGCAUUGCAAUCUUGGUUCCUCCCGAGCCCGAUGUCACCGCUGCCAGUUGGCCUGGUCAUGUGGCCCAGCUUAGCUUAUUCCUUUCCAGCGGGACCAAUCCUUUUAUCUACUGUUUUCGAGCCAGAAGGUUUCGCCGAUCACUGAAACAGCUUCUUCAAGAUCCCUGUGGAAAAACCGCUUUCCGAGAAAUCGACAAAGAGAAAAGGGUCCAACAGAAUGUUCCACCUCAGAAUGCAAGAGUAGCUGAAAAAGGCAAAAACAUUGCGAAUGAACUUGGCGAGCCAGUGCAAGAUCCAUCAGCUUUUCCAUCCAAUAGCUACACACGUCAAUUGGGUCUCGGAGUACGAGGCUGUAAGAAGGAGGAAAACAGCGGAAAGAAACGUAAAGAGAGAGGAGAGCGCUCUUGCUAUCAGGUCACGCCUUUCUCUCCACAAGAUGUAGAACCUCAGAUCAUCCCACGGUUAGCAUGGGUUGAUAACCACCCCGCAGACACUUCAGGGAUACGCUCCGAUGAAGAAAAUCCAACGUGCAGAGAGGAUUACGCACAAAAUAAAAUAACUGUGGAGGUACAUCCAGAAUCUAACGAUCGAUCAGCGAAACAGAAUUAUGAAGAAAAUCUCACAACACUUAAUGAGAACGGUUCCAAGGGGGAAGAAGUCUUUGCAAUGGUUCAGUCUGAUUCCAGGGACAGUCAAUCAAAUCAUAAAAUGAUAAAAAGUCCAAUGGUUACUGUAGAUUACCAUGGACACGCCAUUGUGGAGAUGUCUGAAACAGAUCCUAUGAGCCAUUUAUCAAACCCCAUAAUUAUAGGCAGUCCUGCGGCUAAUGAGGACAAUGCAAGAGAAGUUAUCGCAGACGUUAAUUCAAGUUCAACAGACGACCCAUCACAGGACAAAAUUGCUGAAAGUCCAACUGCCUCUGCCGAUUACGCAACACGAAUCACCUCAGAUACGAAAGAACAACCAGUAAACCAGGAAAACGUGGAAAUUCAACUAGAUUUCUCGGAGGAAGUCAUUGUAGAGGACAAUUCAUUAACCAAGGGCGUAGCUUCAAACGGGAAUAUUGUGGAACAACCACCAUCCAAGGCAGAUUGUGCUAUACAGGCUGAGACCUUUAAACCGUGA